AUGCGGAUGAAGGUGGCUCUUAAAGUACAUAAGGCGUGGGAAGCGAUCGAGCCAGGCGUAGAAGAUGGAGACAAGAACGACAUGGCCCGAGCAAUUCUGUUCCAAUCCGUACCAGAAACCUUAAUCUUGCAAGUUGGAAAACUUGCGGAGUUAUCAUCGAAGUCGUUAUCUUUGGGAGAAAACAUUGAGGAACUUAGGCUGGUGAAAAAGUUCCUGAAUAGUCUCCGAAGAAAGAAGUACAUACAUAUUAUAGCAGUACUUGAACAGGUUCUUAAUCUCAACACCACAACUUUUGAGGACAUUAUUGGACGUCUAAAAGCCUUUGAAGAAAGAAUCAAAGAUGAAGAGAAGGACGAAGAUCAAAGUAAGCUUUUGUACGCUAAGUAUGAUUCUCAAGACGCACAAGAUACCUAUGGUAGAGGAAGAGGACGCGGUGGUCGCUUUAAUAAUAGAGGAAGAGGUCGUGGUCGAUCGAACAAUCAGCACGAUUGGAAGGAUGGAAGAGACACGAUGAGAGUUGUGUGCUUUCGAUGCGACAAAACUGGCCACUAUGCCUAUAAUUGUCCAGAUCGACUUCUCAAGCUUAAAGAGACACAUGAUAACGACAGUGAGAAUACACGUGAAGCAGAAGAGUUGAUGAUGAAUGAGGUUGUGUAUCUCAAUGAGGAGAAUGUGACGCCAAGUAAGUUUGAGACACACACAUAUGGAGAUAAUGUAUGGUAUCUAGACAAUGGGGCGAGCAACCAUAUGUCAGGGAGAAAAGAAUAUUUUUCAAAUCUUGAUGAAAAGGUCACAUGCAAGAUGAGGUUUGGCGAUGAUUCUCGCAUAGAUACUAAAGGAAAUGGCUCGAUAGUUUUUCUUAACAAGGAUGGCAAGCGGAAAAUAUUGGCGAAUGUCUAUUACAUACCAGAGUUGCGAAAUAAUAUCAUUAGCUUGGGACAAGCUACAUAA